AUGGUGCAACGCAGCGUGACCAGGCGGGCAGCGUCCGCCGAGCUGCGGGUGGUUGUGAGUGUUAAGACGGUUGUGAAUGUCUCGUACAGUCGUAGCACUACUCACCUGCACGUCGGGUCCAUCAGCAGCAUCGACAACACACAACCCAGCACAAGCCGUGCUGGCAUGGUGGAAGCAUCAUCCAUCUUAGAAUACGGAGCCAGGAAUACUACUGGAACCGGAGGAAGAGGACAACAAGAACUGUGUGGUGUCUCUGGCAAUGCUUCGAGCAGGCGGGAUGCCUUACGAGGGCAGGACCACCAACACACGGGCGACACAGCCCUCAUUUGCGAAGCACUCGAUGAAUCAUCUGUGAAGCUGUCGAAAUUUGUAGAGCGCUGCCACGAGAAACCAUACACUUGCCAAACAUGUGGUCUAUCGUUUCGGCGUUCUCAAAACCUAGAUGUCCAUAUGCGCACGCAUACAGGCGAGAAACCCUACACUUGCGAAACAUGUGGUCGGUCGUUUCGGCGUUCUCAACACCUAGAUGGCCAUAUGCGCACGCAUACAGAUGAGAAGCCCUACACUUGCGAAACAUGUGGUCAAUCGUUUCGGCGUUCUCGUCACCUAGAUGUCCAUAUGCGCGCGCAUACAGAUGAGAAGCCCUACACUUGCGAAGCAUGUGGUCAAUCGUUUCGGCGGCAUACAGACAAUACUGAAGAUGGGAGCACCGGAUUCAGACUGCCGGUCUACAGCAGCAGCAGCGGCGGCGAUAAUGCAGUGGCGAGCACGAUCCGCGCCAGCAUAAAGGAAGCAUCGGGCAGGAGACUCUCCGAAGUCGACGGCAUCACUCACACAAUAUAUGCCGACGACGUCACCACAUCGUGUAACGGAGGCGGUGACGGACGGCUGGAGGCUGUGUUGCAGGAAGCCAUCGACAUCACGGCAAAAUACCGCAAGCCGACCGGUCUUCAAUGUUCACCGCGUAAAUCAGAACUUUUGCUUUACGGACCCAGACGAAGGCGGACCAAACUGAAGGGUUGGAAGCCGGUAGAGGACGUCGACAUCACUGUACAGACCAGUGAGGGCGGUGUCAUCCCCAGGGUGGCCUCCUUACAGGUUCUGGGCAUGACGCUCGAAUCGAACGGCUCCGAUAACCUGACGGUGUCCAAGAAAACGCAUAAUGCCAUCAGGCUCAUACGAAUAGUUGCUGAGGACAAUGUAGUGAGGCUGGUGCUCUUCUUUGUUAUGUCAUUUUACCUACGUGACGGCCAUGCACAAUUGGCAAAGAUCAGAGAAGGACAAGCUCCACACAAUGAUCAGGAAGACCAUAAAGAGAGCCCUCAGCCUCCCCAAGAACACAAGCUGGGAGAGACUGGAACCGGAGGAAGGGAACAGCAAGAGUUGUCCGGUGUCUGUGGCAAUAUUUCCAGCAGACAGGUUGCCUUACAUGGUCACGCCAACGAACACACGGGCGAUACAGUCCGCACUUGCAAAGCAAGUGAUUCUGUGAAUAAUUCGAAGUUCGGAAAAGAUUUCCGGAAGAGUACAGGCAAGAAUCACAAAUGUGAAACCUGUGGCAAAUUGUUCCACCUGGCUGGUAAUCUGACUGCACAUUGCCGCAUGCACACAGGCGAGAAACCUUACCAAUGCGAAAUAUGUCGCAUAGUAGAGAUCCUUUAG